ACAUCCACCAUGGGCGUCUCGCAGCAAUCACACCCCCUUCUGCCCCCGUCCACCCUCUCUUUACCACUCCAAACCCAAAACGGUACGGAGAACAGAUACAUCCCACGAAGGAGGCCCGUCGCACCCGCACCCAGACACACGCGCGCCAGAUAAGCUCCACCCCUCAGAAAGUGUCUUGUCAAUCAAGGUCACCUUUUUCCUUGUGGCAGCGGCGCCGGCGCUGUCACCCCGUCCCCGGCUGACCUCCGGGUAAAACACAGAAGCGAGCACGAGAGCAGAGCACCAUCUCACUCACGACAGCUGCCCGCCAGUUGUGCAACCCAACCCACAAUCCCACCCCCCCUCCUUCCUCGCAAGCGGGCAGAGACACCAAGGGCCAUGAACUUUCCCACUUCCACCUCCAACGACUUCGCUUUCAACCCCAUCCUCAGCUCCAACAACCAGUCGCAACACCAGUCCCAGCAGCAGCAGGUCCAAUUCUCCUCUCGCCAGCUCCAGCUGCAGCAACAGCAACAACAGCAACAGCAUCAACAGCAGCUACAGCUACAACACGCCCUCCAGCCGCCGCAACCUCCUUCGCCUGCGUCGUCCGCCAACGCGCAAUCCCUCUCCGCCGCCCAGCAAGCCCUCGCCCACGCGCAGUACCAGCAGUUCGUCCUCAUGAACGGAAUGAACGGCGGCAAUGUGCCCAACGGCAUGGGCGGCGUGCCCACCCCGGCUGGCCAGCAGGCCGAGCUCAACUACAUCUAUGGCAUGGUCGAGGAGCUUAGCAGGCAACUCACGGAGAACCGUCGCGUCACAGAAGACAUAGUCUCUGGUCUUGGCAGGGUGCGCAGCCGCGCGAGGACGCAGGGAAUGGGUAACGACGACCUCAUUCACAACGCUGCAGACGACAUCCUCGCUCAAGAACAGAAUCUCGAUACCCUCAUCUCCAUCCUCUCCGAAUCACUCGAAAAAGCGAAAUACAGCCGCGACGCUAACGCGACACUCCUCAGCCAGUACGCGACAGUCUUCGCCGCAAUGCUGAAGCAAUUACACGAAUACAAGGCAAAGCACGUCACCGACGUCGCCGCAUGGCACCGCUCGUACCGAUCCCAGCUCGCCGAGGCCCGCGCCGAGAAUAGCAGACUCCGGGAACAGAUCUGGGAUAUGCAGGAACGCGCGGGGAAGGCCAACGAGGUGCUCCGCAAGUUCCGCCGCAAGUACGACGAGGACGAGACGCGGUGGGAUCGGCGCGUGGAGGAUGUGGCCGCGCGCCAGGAGCUUCGGUUCUGGAAGCGCAUGGCCAUGCCCGAGGUCAGCGACGAGGACCCGUGCUGGAGUGACGACGACGAUCUUAUCGACCCUGCGGAAAAGGAGCGCUUGAGGGAGCUGGAGAAGAGAGCGGCACAGGAGCAACUUUCCGGGAGCCAGCAAAUGGGUGACGAGUACUCGCGUCCGCAGUCGCCGGAAUCUAGCAUGAUGGGCGGCGUCCCAAUGCAGAGAGACCUGGGCAUCCCCAUGAGCAUGCCUGUUCCGCCACCGAGGCCCUCGAGUGCGAAUUCGAGCACUGGCUCUUCUGGCCAGUGAGGCAGUACAUAAUGCAUUUAGUACCUGUUUUAUGAAGCAUGCCAUCGGAAUUGUGGUGGCGUAAGGAGCAUUCUGGGUAAAAAGUUACCGGCGUUGGGGAUUGCUGGAAAGGAGAAUCGCUUGCAAAGCAAAUGGGCGAUCGCGAUAUACCUCAUGUCAUGCUGGCCAAGCACCUUGGCCUUGGUCUCUUUUUCACGAAUACAUUAAUUAAUGGUUUGUUGAAACGAAACAAAA